GAUGUUAGUUACAUCGCCACAGUUAGAUCACUUGGACUAGUCUUGUUCGGUUUGUCUAGAUUCUUUUCAAUCAUAGUCUUGACAAUACAACUUUUCACGAGAAAAUAAAAUUCAAGUAAUACCUAUUAUUUUUUAAAUAUCAUUAAAUUUAUUGCUACUUUUUUUCGAACCUUUGAUUGCACUGCUUUGCAACAUGAUCAGGAAGUCACCUGUUUGUAUUGCAGCAGUUCUAAUUGUCAGUUUCAUAUCACUGACUAGCGCUGAAUCACCAUUGAAAACAAAUCUUCCUGAACCUGGUCAAUGUGGUAACGUUAUUAAAAAUCGAAUUAAAGGAGACAACGUCACAAAGCUCGAUGAAUACCCAUGGAUGGCAUUGAUAGAGUAUGCAAAAGAAGAUGGAAAUUCAACUGGACAUCGUUGUAGUGGAAAUUUAAUCAACAACCGAUAUGUUUUGACAGUAGCUCAUUGCAUAAACGGCAUACCCAAAACAUGGAAACCUUAUCGAGUUCGCUUAGGUGAAUGGGACACUACAACAGAUCCUGACUGUGAUCGUGACACUCAGAACAACUCUGAGGUCUGUGCUGAUCCUCAUGUUGAUGUAACAAUCGAAAAAGUAACUGUUCAUGAAAAAUAUAAUUCUUCGUUAAAGAGCCAACCCAAUAAUAUUGCCUUGAUACGUUUAUCACGUAACGUAGACUAUACCGAUUUCAUUCGACCAAUUUGUUUGCCACUUAAAGAUACUCUCAAACAAUCAACAUUUGAUGGAAACAAAAUGGAGGUUUCCGGUUGGCGACAGUUAGGACGCAAAACAUCCAGUAAUAUUAAACUUAAGGCCGAGGUUCCAGUUGUACCAUUGAGUGAAUGUCAAAGUGUUUAUAGCAAACACAACGUCGAUUUAGGUACGUCACAUAUAUGUUCUGGAAAUGAUUUUUGCCGUAGUGAAUCAGGUGGACCACUCAUGGGAUUAGAUUCAUUAAAUAAAGACCAACUUUACUACUAUAUCGCUGGAUUAUUUUCUAUUGCACCGUCUAGUUGUGAAUUAGAAGGAUGGCCAAAUGUUUAUACAAAAGUCAGUGAUUAUGUUGAUUGGAUUGAACAAAAUAUUGAAGCUUAGAUUUUAUUUGAUUUUUUAAAACCACAAAAAAGAAUUUCUUGUUUAAA